AUGAAAGAAAACUGCCAACCUGUCUUCUGCAAGGCCAGGCCUGUACCGUAUGGUUUAAAAAAUUUUGUUUCUGAUGAAGUGAAAAAAUUAGUAGAUAAUAACAUGUGGAAAAUUGUCGAACAUUCUAAGUGGGCUACACCAGUAGUAGUGGUACCCAAAAAGAAUAAUGCUGUAAGAUUAUGUGAUGAUUUCAAGAUAACGGUGAAGUUCCUUGAUCCGAACCAGUAUCCUCUGCCCACUCAACAAGAUAUUUUUGCUACGUUGAGUGGUGGUAAGUACUUAAGUAAAUUAGAUUUCUCACUAGCGUAUCAACAAAUAAAAUUAGAUACUGACUCCCAAGAGUUACUGACACUAAACGCAAUUUUGGGUUUAGUACGCCUAAGUACAUUGAAUCAAAAGAUUCAGUUCUUUGAUUCGAAUUACAAAUUUGGAACAAUAAAUUGA